CUGUUCUAACAGAUCCCCUUAGCCCAGUCGGAGGCGUUCCUGACAGACCUCUUGGAUAAAGUGUGCGAGCGAAUGAAUGACUACAGGCUUGAAGAAGACCCUGUGACUAAGGAGAAGACUUUCAAGAGAUUUGCUCCAAGGAAGGGAGACAAAAUAUACAAAGAAUUUAAAAAAUUCUAUUUUUAUUCUGAUGCUUACAGACCUUUGAAAUUCGCGUGCGAAACCAUAAUAGAGGAGUAUGAAGAUGAAAUAUUCUCACUUAUCGCCCAGGAGGCACACUCCCUCGCUGACGAGCUGUGCAGUGAAAAAUCAGAUCUGUGUGAAACUUCUACUGCUCACGCUGAGCUCUAGGAGUGAGGGUGCCCUGGUUAGAGGGGAGUGGAGUCCCAGCUCGAGGUGGUCGUCUGCAGCUGUGUCUUCAUGUCUCCUCCUGGGAAGAAAUCUUACAUCUCUUACUUAUACCACGUUAUCUCAUGUGUGAGGUUGUAUGAAAAUCUGUUGGGCAUCAUGACAAACCCGAUUCCCUCUCCAGGUGAAGCUGCAGAGUGCGUAAAACAAAUUACCUUUGAGGAUUUUGAUACAAAUAGGCUUGGCAGUAAAGCAUUCAAUUUGGUAAAAGGAAAAAAGUGAAGACACUUCAUAAAUGAAAUAAGGAUUUAAUAAUGUAUACUGUGUAUUUUAUGCACAUAUACAAGUAUAGUGUUCUGUUUGAUAAGAACUUGAUUUGACUUCUUAAAUUUUGAUUGGUCAUGAAAUUAAGAAAAUAUAUUGCCACAAAUUCCAGAUUAUGUCUUCUGAGUUUGUAUGGCUAUUGGUGAAAGAAACGAACUCACUUUAUAUCAGGAAUGAAAUUUAAAUUUCU